UUCUCUCCCACUCCCUUGAUCUUCCAGCAGUUUCAGGUUUUACUUUGGUCAGAAAGUAUUUUUGUUUUUUAUUUUUGGCAACAGUUUAUCUCAGAGACUGUUACAGAAUUGGUCAUUGUCAAUUCUGUUGACAACAAGGACAGGCUUGGCUUAAUAGAGCCAGAAAGGGAAACAUUUAGAGUCUUCCAGUGUGCAUUCCCCCUUUGACUAAUGGGUGGUGAAAUAUGUUUUCACUUCUUACAUAGCUCUUUUUUUCCUAUCCUCACAGAUACUUCCCAGAGAAGAAUGGCCACAGGAAAUGACUCCUCAGUGACAGAAUUUUUUCUUGCAGGUUUAACGGAUCAACCAGAGCUGCAGCUUUUUCUCUUUUUCCUGUUCUUAGGGAUAUAUGUGGUCACUGUGCUGGGGAACCUUGGCUUGAUUAUUCUGAUUAGACUGAAUUCCCAUCUUCACACUCCCAUGUAUUAUUUCCUCUUCAACCUGUCCUUCAUAGAUCUCUGUUAUUCUUCUGUCAUAACCCCCAAAAUGCUAAUGAAUUUUGUGUCAGAAAAAAAUGUCAUCUCCUAUUCAGGGUGCAUGGCUCAGUUGUAUUUCUUUUGUUUUUUUGGACUUUCUGAAUCCUUGCUUUUGUCAGCCAUGGCCUAUGAUCGUUGCAUUGCUAUCUGUAACCCAUUACUUUAUACUAUCACAAUGUCCUCUAAGGUCUGCUUCCUAUUAGUGACUGGCGUAUAUGUGUUGGGAUUUGCUGGUGCCAUGGCCCAUACAGGAUGCAUGCUUAGACUGUCCUUUUGUGACAACAAUAUCAUCAACCACUACAUGUGUGACAUACUCCCCAUCUUGGAGCUUUCCUGUACUAGCACGUAUGUCAAUGAGUUAGUGGCUUUCAUUGUUGCUAGCAUUGACAUUGGAAUGAUCAGUUCCACCAUUUUCACAUCUUAUGCCUUCAUCUUCUCCAAUAUCCUCCGCAUUAGCUCUUCUGGGGGUAGGUCUAAAGCCUUUAGCACUUGCAGCUCCCAUAUAGUCACUGUUUCUCUUUUCUUUGGCUCAGGAGCUUUUAUGUACCUCAAACCUUCUUCUGUUGGGUCUAUGGACCAGGGAAAAGUGUCCUCUGUGUUUUAUACAAUUGUAGUGCCUAUGCUAAACCCCCUGAUCUACAGUUUGAGGAAUAAGGAUGUCAAGCUGGCUAUGAGAAAAACUAUGAGACCAAGAAUGAUCUUCUGAAGAAAAUCAGUGUCAGUGACCACAAGGAUACUCAUGGUUCUAUUGGCUUUUUUUUUUUUGGAGUACCUUGUUUUAGGAAUCCUGGCUUGGAUGCUUUCCCCCCACCACUGGAAUAUUUAAUCAAUCUUCUGAAAACAGUUAAAUUUGUGUUUUGCAAAAGAAUUUAUUUUCCAAAUAUUUCUCGGGAAUGGUCUUUUUAGGCAGUGUGCUUCUCUAGAGAAUUUAAUUCUGACUCUAGUUCUAGAAAUUUCAUAUGACUUUUCAUAGACUAGAAUACAAGGGAAAAAUUUUAAAAUUUGCAAGGAGGUAGGUGGUAUAAAGUUUAUAGCAUAUGUUAUGUUUAUCUUGGUUAAGUGGCAACUGCUGUGGGCAAACCAGGUAGAGUAUUGGUGUCAAUAAAAAGAUUAUAUAAUCUGUUCAUUUUAUUAGUGUUCUUUUUUCCUCAGUAGGAGGUAGGAAUUUUUACCCUUCCUCUCAAGCAGGCCAAUUUGUUUUAGAGAAUUUUUCAUUAAAUUAAAUUAAUAGUAUCAUAGAUUAUGAGGUAGGAGGGACCACAGGGACCAACUAUUCUAAUAUCCUAAUUUAUAGAUAAGAAACUGAGGUCUAGAGAUGUUCAAUGACUUGCUUAGGAUCACAAAGUGAAUACGUGCCAGAGUGAGGACUUGUAUCCAGAUCUUCUUGACACAGGCCUGUUCUCUACCACACAUACCAUGCUGCCUCACAAAACAAUGCAAGAAAAAAAGAUUUUCAUAUAAUGUUCUUUCAAAUGAUUCAUUUGCAGCAUAGUUAAUUCUACUGCUAUUCAUGAUAAUUCCAUGUAUUUCUUUAGACAUAUUUUUUAUAGAGUGGAAAAAAUCUUACUUUUUUUUUUCAAGGAGGCAGGGAACACAAAAUUUAGAAAAUUUAUUCUGUUCAUCUCAGGCAAAGUAUAAGAAAAAAUGCUGGUGAGAUUUAUAAGGUAUGUUGGACAUAUAAGAAGCUCCAAACAGUGGGAAAGAAGGUCAUUGUGUGGAAUCUAGGACAUCCUGUCUGACAGGAAAUUUCUAAGGUGUAGCAGGGAGGAUUACAGGUUCCUAGCCCCCAUAUCAUAACAAAACAUUACUAGGAACAGGGGAUUCUGGAUAUACCUCUAAGAUCAGACUAAGAAUCAUUGUAAGAACCUAAAGAACACAUUCAAGAUCACAAGAAAGUAGACAGUCACUUUGUUAGCCAUUGCUCUAAAACCCAAGUAUUAGAGCCUAGAUGUCAGAGUACUCAGCAUCUUGCAUAGAUUUUGUAGGAGCAGAAGUCUUCCUUGAUCACUGAUGAGGGAAGUACUGAACAUUAGGAUCUUAAAAAAGAGACAUAUUUUCACUAUGUUCCAAGGGGAACAGUGGCUGACAUAGGAAAUAGAAAUUUGAGAAGUAAAGGAAGGGAGCUGCUGAACAAGGGGCAUUUUGAGUUGGAAUGCCAUCAUAGUGAAUCAAUGGAAUGAUUAUGUACCAAAACAGUAAUUCAAACAGUGAUCCUCCCCUGUUUUGGGGAAGGCAAUUGAUGGACAAAGGAGUUAACCUACUGGUUACUUGCGAUAGUGAGAGAUAAUUUUUUUUCUUUUCCCUGUUUGGAAAUGAGAACCAUUCAUCUCUGAAGAAAUCAGAAGAGAGAAUGUAAAGCAUCCAUAACUAUUGUUUAAGUGAGAUAAAAAAGUUUAAUCCCUGACAUUUUUCCUUUGGAGGGCCAUGGGCUACAUGAGUACUAGGGAAGUAGGGAGUGAGGCAGGGUAAAAUCAGGAGCAGAAACUAAGACAACUUUCUCUGUGAAUACUUGCUUGGGUGUGCAUUUUGUUAUGAGAGCAAUGACAGGUGUGCAUAAAUGCACAGGUCAGGAGUCUUUGGUGCCCUGGGACUUACUUGAUGAUUUUUUCUCAUGGAUACUAAAUGUAGUGUGUGGGUAUGUGCAUAUGGGAUAGUAUUUGUGGACCUUUUGCUUGUAACUUGUCAUGGCCCUCCUAGUAUAUCCUGGUAUGGAACUAGUAAUAGGAUCUAAAUGAUCUUAUCUGCCUAAGAACAAGUCAUGCAGUACACAGAGAACUAGACCUGGAGUUAGGAAUGGUUGCGUCCAAAUCCUGCCUCAGACUCUUAAUGGCUGUGUGACUCUGGGCAAAUCACCUAUCCUCUUUCAUCAGUUGCCACCUCUGUAAAAUAGGGCUAAUAAAUAGCAUCUACCUCACUGAGUUGUUUGGAAGAUCAACUGAGUUAACAUAUGCAAAGUGCUUUUAAACCUAAAAGAGACAGAGAAAUGCUAGCAAUAUCUGAAUCUUAGAUAUAUGAUCUUAGCUCUAUUGUGAUUGCUGGCCAACAAGCUAAUUGAGGUGGGGUGGAAUUAGCUAAUUGAGACAACAAAAUUUCACCAGACUAUUAAGAUUCUGAAGCUAAGACAUUGGAGAGGUGCUGCGUUUGUGGGAGUAUAAUGGUGGGUUGAAUUUUGAGUGGGCUUAUUACCCUUUGAUCUAGUUAUUGCUCAGGAUUCAGUAUCCACUGACAUUUUUUCUUCCUGAGAAAGCUAGGUUGUGAUA